AUGGAAUUUGACGAAAAAACCCCAUUGCUGACCGGAAAAUGCGAGAAGAUUCCAAGUGCUUAUGAAAGGAAUGGAAAGCAGCGAGCUUCGUCUAUUUUAUCAAUCAGGCAGUUGUUUAGAUUUGCUGAUAAAACGGACCGAAUUCUCCUUAUUCUAGCAGUGUUUGGUUCUGCUGCUUAUGGCGUCAUUAUUCCUUGUCAGUUUUUACUUUUUGGCGAAAUAAUCGACAGGUUUGUCAAUUACAUCAUUCACGAAAACUGGGACAUUUCAAAUUUGCCUGACAUCGAGUCUUCUACCGCUAAAACUGCCUCUUAUUACGUCGUAUUGGCUUUUGGAAGUAUGCUGUCUUCCUGGAUGGGCAUGGGUCUGUUUGCUUUAUCCGCAGAGCGUCAAGUGCAUAAAAUGAGAUUGGCAAUGUUUCAAAAGGUCAUUUAUCAAGAUGUUGCCUGGUUUGAGACGUCGUCUGUUGGCAAACUAAAUACAAGAUUCACUGAAGAGUUGCAUACAAUAUUGGAUGGAAUGGGGUCAAAGCUUAGUCGUAUUAUUUCAAGUAUCACGUGUUUCGUAUGUGGAUAUGCGGCUGGUUUUAUUUUCUGUUGGGAUUUGACAUUCAUACUUCUGGCUUCGCUCCCUCUUAUUGUCACGUGUGCCAUUUUCAUGACAAAGACGAGCGGAUAUUUUUUAAAUAAGGAACUACUUGCUUAUAGCAAAGCAGGUCACAUUGCAGAGCAAAGUAUUUCCUCCAUAAAGACGGUUGCUGCUUUUGGUGGUGAAAGUUUUCAAGUGCAAAUGUAUGCUGAUAAUUUAGUUGAUGCCUGCAGAUAUGCAAUACGGAAAGCAAUUUGUGUGGGAAUUGGAUUGGCUGUAUUUCAGCUAAUUAUUUACACUGACUAUGGCGUUUCAGUAUGGUAUAUUAUAAGAAUGGCUCGCAAAGAAGCUAGAACCCUGGAUAUUCUUUAG